UAAUGUGUGCAAGGACUCUCAAACUGUGUCUUAAUUCAAUCUCUGCUAACACCUCACUUCAUCCCUCGUCCCUAAUCCGGCCAGACUAUUAAAAGGUGGCGCACCUCCUCAGGGGGCUGCAGAGAACGUCUUACUUCCUCAGGAUCCAGCCGUCCAUCCGUAUUUUUUUUCCUAAUUUCCACCUCCGCUGCACCACAAGACAUCCCUGUUGUACUUUGCUCUGAGAGGUGCAGGCUCUUUCGCCCGGGUCUCAGAGAAAGAAAAGACAUCAUCAACAGCCACAGCCAUGAAUGGCACAGAAGGACCCAACUUUUAUGUCCCCAUGUCUAAUAGGACAGGGUUGGUGCGCAGCCCAUUUGAGCACCCUCAGUACUACCUGGCCGAGCCGUGGAAGUACUCUCUUCUGGCCGCAUACAUGCUGUUCCUCAUCAUCACGGCCUUCCCCAUUAACUUCCUCACCCUUCAUGUCACCGUCAAGCACAAAAAGCUGCGAACCCCGCUGAACUUUGUUCUGCUAAACCUGGCGGUGGCCGACCUUUUCAUGAUAGUUGGAGGAUUCACGGUGACCCUGUACACGGCUCUGCACGGAUACUUCAGCCUGGGCGUCACCGGCUGCAACGUUGAGGGAUUCUUUGCCACUUUAGGAGGGGAGAUUGCCCUCUGGUCUCUGGUCGUUUUGGCCGUUGAGCGCUACAUUGUGAUCUGUAAGCCUAUGACCAAUUUCCGCUUCGAGGAAAAACACGCCAUCAUUGGCUUGGCGUUCUCCUGGGUCAUGGCCCUGACCUGUGCUGCUCCGCCUCUGUUCGGAUGGUCCCGGUACAUCCCAGAGGGUAUGCAGUGUUCCUGUGGGAUUGACUACUACACUCCCAAGCCGGAGAUCAACAACACCUCAUUUGUCAUCUAUAUGUUUGUCCUCCACUUCUGCAUCCCCCUCUUCAUCAUUUUCUUUUGCUACAGUCGCCUGCUCUGUACCGUGCGAGCGGCUGCAGCUCAGCAGCAGGAGUCUGAAACCACCCAAAGAGCAGAGAAGGAAGUGACACGUAUGGUUAUAGUGAUGGUGAUCUCCUUCCUGGUGUGCUGGGUGCCCUACGCCACUGUGGCCUGGUACAUCUUUGCCAAUCAGGGAGUUGAGUUCGGACCAGUGUUCAUGACGGCUCCAGCCUUCUUCGCCAAGAGCGCUGCUCUCUACAAUCCAGUCAUCUACAUUCUGCUGAACAGACAGUUCAGAAACUGCAUGAUCACCACAGUGUGCUGUGGAAAGAACCCAUUCGGAGAUGAUGAGGCCGCCGCCGCAGUCUCCAAAACCCAGACUUCAUCCGUCUCCUCCAGCCAGGUGGCCCCCGCUUGACCCCUCACUCCCUCUUCUAUCUGCUCCAUCUGUUCCCGCUCACCAAGGGACCCACCACAGCAGAGCAGCAAUACGUUCCAUUGGCCGAUUCUUCUGGACUCACCUCCUUAGUUGUCCUCGCUGCAGUUGGCACUCAUGCCUCAACUUCAGGGGGACAGACUCAAUCAAAGGCCAGCAUGUUCACUUUCAGCCUGUUUAAUUAUGGAAAGUGUUCAGAUUUUUACUCGGCAUUAUAAGGUUGUCAUCUUGAUGCGGAUCCAACUAAAUGCUUUCCAGGCCUCCCCUGCUGCUUCAGUAAACAGGUUAUAGGUGAAAGUCUGAUUCAGAGUCAUGCUCCCGCUAAUAUUUGGAUAAACGUUUCUUAGCAUUUUGCAGAGAAGAUGCACACUUUUUGUAGCCAUGAACAAGCUACUGACAUAAUCUUAGCCGGAUAUUUUUCUUUUCCCA